UGUGCGCACUGGCGUAGCUGCUGGAGAGGUUUGGAUUUGGAAAGCAGCCGUCAGUCAGACGCAACUUUCCCCGCAGCUGAGUCAACUGCCUGACUGUGGGUCGCGCUGAGGUUUUGCAAUCCUUCCCCGAUUGUCAUGUUUUUUCAGGUCGCCUCGCUCGUUUCCUUGAUGUUCUUGUUUGUUUGAAUUGUCCACAAGUGUGUGACAGACUGACGGCACACACUGUCCGGCCGGGAAGCGCCUCCUCUAUCACUCUAUUACUCCGGCGGCGGCGGCGGCAGCAGCGGAGGAGCUUAAUUCUCAAUGAGAAUGACACUCGUGUCAGGAUUUGUGAGCUGAUAAACGCCUCUCGCUGAAGGCUCUGAUCUCUUCAGGUCAUGACUGUGAUGUUCUCCUGAGAUAAACUUCACAUCUUGACGAAGACUUUUCCCGAGAAUAUCUCCCUCGACAACACAUAAUGGCUUCUAAUAUAAUUGUAGAGCAGCAGUUUUCUCACAAAUUCACAGUGACAGUGGUUCGGGCUGAGAGCGUCACCAAAGGAGCCCUGGGUGAUCUGCUGGACACUCCAGAUCCAUACGUGGAACUGUUCAUCCCGACCGCCCCAGAGAGCAGAAAGAGGACCAAACACAUAGACAACGACAUCAACCCAAAAUGGAACGAGUCCUUUCACUUCAUAUUAGACCCCAACCUGGAGAACGUCCUGGAGAUCACAUUAAUGGACGCCAAUUAUGUGAUGGACGAGACACUCGGGACAGUGUCCUUCGACAUCACCAAGCUCAAAGUGGGCCAAACAAAGCUGGAGGCUUUUCUCAUCGGCAAAGCAACAAAAGUAUACUUGGAGAUGUCACUGGAGAUCUGCACCAAACUGGAUCUGCGGUUCAGCCUGGCCCUGUGUGACAAAGAGAAACAGUUCAGACAAACCCGCAGGGAGAGAGUGAUGCUGGGCAUCAAGAAGCUUCUCGACAUGGAGAAGUCUCGUUUUCUCCCCAGCUCUCCAGAGGAGGUACCAGUGAUAUCGAUUGCAGGCUCAGGAGGAGGUUUUCGUGCCAUGGUCGGGUUCUCGGGUGUCAUGAAGGCCCUGUUUGAGUCCGGGGUCCUGGACUGUGUCACCUACAUUGCCGGCCUCUCUGGAUCCACUUGGUACAUGUCUAGUCUCUAUUCCCACCCUGACUUUCCAAAUAAGGGACCAAAGGACAUCAACAAGGAGCUGAUGAAUAGAGUUAGUGGUAAUCCCUUGAGGCUGUUACUGCCCCAGCACAUCACCAACUACAUCCAGGCCCUGUGGACCAAAAAGGCCUUAGGGCAGCCGGUUACCUUCACUGAUAUCUUUGGUAUGCUCAUAGGAGAGACCCUUAUACCAGCGAGGAUGGACACCAAGCUGAGUGAGUUCCAGGAGAAAAUAGACCAGGCGCAGUGUCCUCUUCCUCUCUUCACAUGUCUGCAUGUCAAGCCAGAUGUUUCUGAGCUCAUGUUUGCAGACUGGGUGGAGUUCAGUCCGUACGAAAUUGGGAUGGCAAAGUAUGGAACCUUCAUGACCCCAGACUUGUUUGGAAGCAAGUUCUUCAUGGGGACUGCUGUGAAGAAAUACGAGGAGAACCCCCUUCAUUUUCUAAUGGGUGUGUGGGGAAGUGCCUUCUCCAUUCUGUUCAACAGAGUGCUGGGAGUCAAAGACACAGUUGGUGGCAGCACUAUGGAGGAGGAGCUAGAGCAAAUCAAACCUCAGCACAUUGUUGGAGAAGACAGCAUGGACAAUGACGAUGAGCCACGCAAAGUUGGGACAGAGAACCAGGAGGCAGAGGACGAGUUUCACCGCACCGCUCAGGCCAGCUGGGUUCAGCGGAUGUUUACGUCACUCUUCAGCGACUCCUCCCUGUUCAACACAAGAGAGGGCCGUGCCGGGAAGGUGCAUAAUUUCAUGCUGGGCCUGAACCUGAACACCAGCAUGCCUUUCUCACCAGUCAAUGAGGUCAUGCACCACGCUCAAAAUACACCUGAGGAGGAGGUGGAUGCCGUCACAGACCCAGAUGAGUUUGAUCGCAUCUACGAGCCUCUGGAUGUGAAGAGUAAGAAGAUCCAUGUGGUGGACAGCGGCCUGACCUACAACCUCCCCUACCCUCUGAUUCUGCGGCCUCAGCGCGGUGUUGACCUCAUCAUCUCCUUCGACUUCUCUGCACGACCCAGUGACUCCAGCCCCCCGUUCAAAGAGCUCCUGCUCGCAGAGAAGUGGGCCCGCAUGAACAAGCUCCCGUUCCCCAAGAUCGACCCCAAAGUCUUCGACCGCGAGGGCUUGAAGGAAUGCUACGUCUUCAAACCAAAGAAAGGAGAGAAGAACUGCCCGACUGUCAUCCACUUUGUCCUGGUCAACAUCAACUUUAGGCAGUUCAAAGCUCCAGGUGUCCCCAGAGAGACUGAGACGGAGAAGGACGCGGCAGAUUUUGACAUCUUUGACGACCCAGAGACGCCGUUCUCCACUUUUAAUUUCCAGUACCCCAAUGAGGCCUUCACUCGACUCCAUGACCUCAUGGAGUUCAACACUCUCAACAACCUGGAGGUUAUUAAAGAAGCCAUCAAGGACCGCAUCGUCUCCAGGAAGGAGAGCCCCUCAAGUGUCUCUGUUCCCUUCUCCCUGAGUGAGAUCCCGAAAAAGAAGUUUCUCAGAAGAGAUCCACAUCCAAAAGCCUGGAAUCACUUGGGAAAGGAUAAUAAGUAGCCUUGUUUGGCUGACGUGGAGACUAUGGAUUAGCAUUAGAUUAUAUAUUAACUUGAAUCAUUUUCUUUUUGGAAAAUGCAAUCAUAUUGAUCUCUUCUCUGUAACCUUUUUAGGCAGGGGUGUUUGUUAAAGUGGUUAUGGUAAUGAACCUUAAUGUAUACUGGUUAAACCGUGUCAUUACGUCGAUACAACACGGAGCAAUUUCAUCCGGCUCUAUUUGCACCAGUGUGAAUGCUGUUUGUAUUUAUUGACACAAGCAAUCGAUGGUUGUGCUCCCUCCCUGUUUGCAGAUUUGAAAGUCCUGCAGUGUAACUGGACCGGUGCAGCUGGAAAACUGUCUCCAUCACAAACAAGACUGUGAAUUCUAUCUAUUGUUGUUAUUGACUGAGAUUUACUAAGAUCCAUAACACUCUGUGUUUUUUUUUUUUAAAUAAGUGCUCAUUCAGCUUAUUCACCUCUUCCCUUUUGUGCAUCAUGUGAAAUUUCUACCCCGGCCACAACAUUCCUAAUGCAUGUCAAUAUCAUUUGGCUGUAGUUCACACUGCCUCGAGAGAGGCCACAUUUGCAUUUUCCCUUUGAAUUUGUUUGCUGCCGCUCAGUGUCUAAAUUUUGCACCGUAUUGACACUUGACACCUUUUUCAUAUCCAACAUGCGACGAGAGUAUGCAAAUGUUUUCUUUCUUUUCUCGUACUUUUCUGUUUACAAAAUGGCUCGUUUUGGCAUGUAAUCCCGUUUGAAAAAUGGAAGAGGUGUGUGUCACCAUGGUUUUUGUUUGAUAGCAACUCCUAAACAUGCCAAGUGCACCCCCUCUGGAUACCUCAAACAUCUCAAGGAUGUUUACCUACCUACAGGGAAGGAGCACUCCCUGCUCUCCUGGAGGGAGUGUCUCAUUUUAAAGCCACCAUUUUGGAAAACAAAACUUGACACCAUAGAAACGGCCUCACUUAAUUUCUCUCUCUCUCUCUAUUUAUGUUUGUGUUUCUCCAGGAGGAUAAAGGUGUGUUUAUUUUCCUGACCAUGUUGUUUCAGGCUGCCUUUUAGAUACAGCCUCAGUCGGACAUUCUCACACUGUUGUGAAAACCAUCACACUUGCAGGGCUUGACCAGACGGCCCUGCAGCAACAAGGGAAGUUAGGUUUUAAAGCGGUGGCUCUCUGCAGCACUCAGUGGAAUUUUACACACUACACCUACACCUGCAGCAGUGAAGACCUGGAAUCUGACACAUUACACCUAUACCUGCAGGGGCCCGAAGCUGCACACAGAACAGUGGAAUUUUACACUGAAGUGUUUCCGACCCCUAUAUGCUCGUGUUUCAGCCCCACAGCCUCAGAAUAAUAUGAGAAAAUAAGUGUGCCGCAGUCGUGCUGCCGCAUUCAGGACCAGCAACUUUGCUUUGGAUUUUGGUUUAGUUUAGUUUUUUUCUGUAGUGAGUAGCAUACUACUGUAUGUUUUUUUACUUUUUCAAACAACUCUUUUAUGGGCUGUUACGUGCAACAAAAAAAAGUCAAUGUCUAUUGUGAGCUGCAGUUGCUUCUUGAAGCUUUAGCUCUUGUGAAAAAUCAUCACAUGGUGUAGUUUGAUAUAAUAGCAAUAAAAUAAAUAUCACCAC